AUGCCAGUGCGAACAAGGGCGCAACAUUACGAAUUCGAGCGCAACGCAGAGGAACAACUUGGUGAUGAAUUAGAGCGGUUAGGAGGUAUUGAAGUCGAGCAAAGUAAUAAUCCACGUCAGCAGGCACAUACCGUUUAUCGUCCAAUACAAUUCAUCAUGGCCGAGAAACUAGUAAAUUCUAUGCUCUCAAAACGUUUAGAAAAGCUACCGA